AUGACAUGCACGAAGCGUAAGAGCAUAUUUGCGGUUCGCUUCAUUUCACUUGCUAUAAUUCUUUAUAAUUUCACAUUCACGCAAGGAGAUGGAGCCCAGAGUACUGCAGUAAGGUGUUUGGAGAGGGAGAGAGAAGCUCUUCUAGAGUUCAAGAAAGGGGUUUUUGAUGAAGAUGGCAUUCUGUCUUCAUGGGGAAGUGAUGAUGAGGAUCACGAAAGAGCUCGAGAAUGCUGUAAAUGGUGGGGUGUUCGUUGCAGUGAUGGCCAUGUAACUGUUCUUGAUCUUCACUGCCCUGUGGACGAUCAUGGCUUUCUGCUUCAGACGCCGCUGAGGGGAAAGGUUAGUCCUUCUUUGCUUCAACUGCAGCAUCUGGGUUAUCUUGAUCUUAGUUACAAUGAUUUCCAGGGACAUAACACCCCAGAUUUCAUUGGUUCCCUCCAUAGUUUAAGAGUCUUGAAUCUCAGUUCUGCUAUGUUUUCUGGUAAACUUCCAAAUCAGCUUGGGAAUCUUACCAAUCUCCAAGUUCUUGAUCUGAGCGGAAAUGACUUUCUUCCAAUCUCAAGUCUUGAGUUUCUCUCUCAUCUUUCUUCCCUGAAAUACAUUGAUCUCACUGCCCUUCGUUUUGAACUGAGAGAGUUUGUGAAAACAAGUGUCACCCUCCCUAACUCCCUUGAGGAACUGAAACUCUCUUUUUGCGAACUCACUGAUCUUACAAUUUUCUCUGCUAAUUCUUCUUCUUCCACCUCUCUUUCAGUGGUUGACUUGUCACUUAACAAUCUCACUUCUCCUUCAGUUUUCAAAUGGCUGCAAAACUUUAACACAACUCUCACUACCAUUGACCUGUCACAUAAUGACAACUUAGGAGGCUCCAUACCAGACGCAUUUCAAGGAAUGAAAUUUCUCCGGAGCUUCAAUCUUAGUUCAAACUAUUUCACCGGAGGCAUUCCCAACUCUUUGGGAAAUUUGAGCCAUCUCACCUCUCUGGAAUUAAAUUUUAAUGUAUUGAAAGAACCCCUUCCUGAUCUACUUGAAAAGUUAUCAAAACGUGCUGGAAAGUCUCUGCAGUUCUUGCGGUUAGAUGGCAAUGAACUCUUUGGUCCACUCCCAGAUAUUAGAACCCAAUUUCCAUUCUUGAGAAAGUUGAAAGCAUCAUAUAACCACUUGAAUGGUUCAUUGCCGUCGAGCUUUGGAAGUCUUGAGGAAUUAAAGCUGGCAAGUAACGAGAUCACAGGGCUAUUUCCAGACAACAGAAGUCUUGGAGUUGAAUCCGGUCUUAGAGUUCUUGAUUUGAGCCAAAAUAAGAUAACUGGAUCAUUGCCAGAUUUAUCGCCAUUCUCAUCAAUGCAAGAGCUUCUUCUUGGUGGAAAUCAGUUGAGAGGUGUCUUACCAGAAAGCAUAGGCCAACUAUCCAAGCUUCACAGUUUGGAUGUCUCAGAAAAUUCAUUUGAAGGAGUAAUAAAUGAAGCCCACUUUUUGAAGCUUUCCAACUUAAAACUGCUCAAACUGUCGUUUAACUCGGGGCUAUCUUUCAACUUCAGCCCUGAUUGGAACCCUCCCUUUCAGCUACAAAUCAUACAUUUCAAAGACUGCAAAUUGGGUCCGAAUUUUCCAAAAUGGCUACGAACUCAGAGUGGAUUCUCUGAGCUUGAUAUCUCCAGUACUGGCAUUUCUGAUACAAUGCCUAACUGGUUUUGGGACCUGUGUUCCAAAGUAGAAUACUUGGCCUUAUCCAACAACAAGAUUGAUGGUGAACUGCCUGAUUUGUCAACCAAGUUUGGUGUUUUUCCAGAAAUUGAUCUUAGCCAUAACAAUUUCCGGGGUCCAAUACACUCACUCCCUCCAAAAGUAAAAUCCCUUUAUCUCUCAAACAAUAGUUUUGUGGGUUCGAUUUCUUUUGUGUGCAGAGUUCUCAAAUUUAUGUCUAUAGACCUCUCAGAUAAUCAAUUCUCUGGAGAGAUUCCCGAUUGCUGGCACCACCUCUCACGUCUCAACAAUCUCAAUCUUGCAAACAAUAAUUUCUCUGGGAAAGUUCCUCCCUCUUUUGGGUAUCUGUAUUAUCUCAAAGAAUUGCAAUUGAGAAACAACAACUUCACUGGAGAAUUGCCAUCCUCAUUGCAGAACUGCACAUUACUGAGAAUUUUAGAUCUGGGGAGAAAUCAGCUCACCGGGAGAGUCCCGUCAUGGUUUGGAACAUCUCUAGUGGACUUGAUCAUUGUUAGCCUUAGAGAGAACCGGUUCUUUGGAGAGCUUCCUCAGAGUUUGUGUCACCUUAACGACAUUCAUGUCUUGGAUCUUUCUCAAAACAGAAUUACUGGGAGAAUUCCACACUGCUUGAGCAACUUUACAUAUUUGAGUUUGAUACACAGUUCCUUCGGAACCACUAUAGCAAGUAAAGCAUUUUUUAUCUUCCAAAAUGACAUUGAUUCCUACAUGUCUAACAUUUUGAUUCAGUGGAAAUACAAUGAGCGGGAAUAUAGUGGCCGAUUGAGACUCCUGAAAUUGAUUGAUCUUUCAAGCAAUCUACUGGUAGGAGAUAUUCCUAAAGAAUUUUCUAAUCUUCAUGGAUUAAUUUCCUUGAACCUGUCAAGAAACCAAUUGACUGGGAAAAUCAACCGGGAAAUAGGUCAGAUGGAAAUGUUAGAAUCUCUUGAUUUGUCUCAUAAUCAACUCUCUGGUGAAAUUCCAGUAAGUUUGGGGGGUUUGAGUUUUCUUCAAAUUCUUGAUUUGUCCAACAACAACCUGUCUGGGAAAAUUCCAUCAAGCACUCAAAUGCAGAGUUUCAAUGCAUCUUCUUAUGCCCACAACAGUGGACUGUGCGGUGAUCCACUGCCCAAGUGUCCUAGAAAUGUCCCAAACAAAGACGAAGAUGAAGAUGAAGAUGAAGAUGAUGGGCUUAUCACGCAGGGGUUUUACAUAUCAAUGGUCCUGGGGUUCUCUCUUAGCUUCUGGGGAUUUCUUGUCAUUUUUUUCUUCAAAGGCUCAUGGAGAGAUGCCAGGACUUCAGAGACAGGCGGAUGAGAUGGUUUUGUGCAAACUGGGAAAAGAUUAUAGUUUAAAGUCCUUAU